GUCAUAAAUAUGGCGGUCAUGCCUCGUUCGAUAGCCAUAAGCCCAACUUUCUCAAAACCAGCUUCUGUACCGAUGUUCGUAAUCGCUGAAAGAAACCUGGCCAUUUACGAGAAGAAGCUGUCAGAGCGAUUGAUCUCUCUCAUACCCCCAUCUCAUGAUAUUGAUCUUGCUCGUUCUUCCCAGUAUCCGCCGUCACACUGCUGGAUAGAUGAUACUCUGGUGGCAAUCGCGUGGGCGGAUACUCUCACUAUUGCAAAAGUGAGAACAGUGGAAGGAUCGGUAUCUCGCAGUUUUCGGUUUACUUUCGAUUGCUUUUUUUCUUGUGGCUCUUUGCCUCAUUUCGAAAUUUACCGCUGCAUCCUUCACGGUUGA